AUGGACCACCAACGCUACUCGGCCGCGGGAAAGCAGCGAUCCAAUGCGGCCAAAGUAUUGGAUCAACGUUUGAGAGCUUGGCUACCCGACGUCGAGGUUCCCCUUUGCUCUGGGAGAUUGAUGAAGCGUCUCAACACACCAAUCGGCCCUGCCGCUGGCAAUGCCGCUCGUCCCACCUCGUUCGAUCGCGAGGAACUGAAAGAACUGGCGGCCAUCUUCAGAGAAGACGGCGUAUCGCAGGAGAGAUGCUACGGUGCACGCCGGUAG